GAGAUGGUAGAUUAUUUUUCCAUUGACGAGAAAAUCGGAAAAUACAACUCCCUUGUUUAAGCAAUCCAUCCAGUCUAGAGUUGUCGGCACGGGCAGUAGAAAAGACCUUUUUUGUUCUUUAAUAAAAAAACGAAAAAAGGGUCCACGGCUAUUGGCUUCUUCUCACCCGAAUUCUUAUUCUAUCAAAAUAAAUAAAUAUAACACCAUAUUAAGCAAAGUUUUGUUACACGACACAUUCCAUGUCAAACCUUGAUAGAGGUCCCACCAGUUGGACGAAUCACAUCAUAUAAAUUAUUUUACACGUGUCAAUAGAGAACCAUAACAACGUUUGACUUGUCAGUUGCGGGAAACAACGUUUCUCUAUCCACACUUCCUUCCGUUCCGCGAAAACUCUCCGCUUUUCUCUGCUCUUCUUUCAUUUUUCUCCAUAUUUUAUUUUUCCUAACUCUGAUUCAAAAUCUCAGAUUUCUAAAUUAGAUUCUCAUAUGUCGAAGCCCUAUGAACCAACCACGAAUUAUCACUCGGGAUCGCCCGCAACCACGGCUACACCAACUACCGACGUGGAGAACCCCACACCGGGUGUGGGGCUCGGUGUCUCGGAGAUUACCAGGCGAUGGAAAAGGGAGGAUUUGUUGAAGAGAGGGUCCCUGAUCGCCAGGGGAUUGGCUUUGUUCUUCUCUUUGCUUUCUUUCAUAAUCAUGGGUAGCAACAAGCACGGUGAUUGGAAAAAUUUCGACAAAUAUGAAGAAUACAGGUAUUUGUUGGCAAUUGCAAUUCUGUCGACUUUGUACACUGGAGGACAAGCGUUGAGACACGUGAAUGCGAUUUGGAAUGGGAAAUGGAUAUUUGAACAACGUAUCUCUGCCAUGGUGGACUUUUUGGGGGAUCAGGUGGUGGCAUAUCUGUUGAUAUCAUCAGCAUCAUCUGCGAUUCCGUUGACAAAUAGGAUGAGAGAGGGGCAAGACAACAUUUUUACCGACUCCUCAGCUUCGGCAAUUAGCAUGUCUUUCUUUGCGUUUCUAUCACUGGCACUGUCGGCCGUGGUUUCAGGCUAUAAACUUUCAACUCAAUCAUACAUUUGAUUAUGGCUUUUAGCUUUUUAUCUUUGUUUCAUUUUCUCCCUUUAGCGAUUCAUUGUGUAUUUAUCAUUCAUUUGUCCUGCAUGUGAUGUAUCACUUGUACAUUUGUUAGUUAGAUGCGGAGCAGCAAUAUAUUUGUUUUUUUCCCGGGACAGAGCAGUGAUCAUACCUCCUUGUAUGUUUGAUAGUUUUGAAAGUCGUACGGAAAUGCCCUUCUUCCUGUUGCUUCAAGUUCUUCUAAGCAAUGAUUGUGGAUUGAGAAAAGGUAACCAUUCACUUUU